UUCAACGCCAAAUAUAUGCAUCUUUACACCUGUUUUUUAAAGCCUAACUUUACCAUAAUAGCUUGUAAUGUGUAAAACUGUAACAAGACAGUAAGUGAAAGUGCAAACAAACAGCUGCCAAAUCCAACAAAUAAAUUUUAAAGUUACUUUAAAAAAAAUAACUCGUCAGACUUUUUUUCCCCUGUUAAAUAUGAUGCAGCAGCUGGAUUGUGAUUAUUUGACGAGACAAUGUGUCCACUGAAAACUCACAUUUUGAUCCUCUGUGGCUCAAUCAUCCUCAUACCAGAUUAGUUUACUUUCUCUGUUCCCAUGUAUGUGAGUUUUCUCCAGGUUCCGUGUGAUAUCAGUAGUUAUUCUGAAGCAUUUUGUUACAUCUGGCUGUAAAAGGAAGGGCUAGCCAUGUCUGACUCCUCCCAGAAACUUCUCAGUGUCUAACAAUACAGCAAAGAUCCUUCUUCGAGUGUACACAGCCGACUGAAGACUCAACUUCUGCUCGGUUUUCCUCCUCAUGGCUCAUUUCCAUGACUGUUCUUCAUAGGCUGUUUGCUUUUACGAGCUCGCACAUGAUUGGUCAGACCUUCUGUCCUGUAAAAACACAUUCUGUUCUCAUUGGCUGAGGCAGAGGCCUACGUCCCUGCCUUGUUUUAUUUAGUCAACAGACAGUCUUUUGCUUUUAUUUUCUCAGAAACAAGUUAAACCGACACCAUAUCGAUAAAAAGCCUAUGCUUAUUUGACUCCCAGAGCAUUGACAGUGGAUAUUGGGGGAGAUUUUGUCCACGGACCGAUGAGAGAGAUGAGAGACUCUGAGUUGAAGAUGCAGUCCUCAAAAAGUUUUCGCUUGGAUGAUUUCAUUGCAGGAUGGAUCGGAGGAGCCUCGAGUGUGGUUGUAGGACAUCCGCUGGACACAGUCAAGACGCGGCUCCAGGCGGGGAAAGGCUACAAAAACACUCUUCACUGCAUUCUGACCAUCUACAGAAAGGAAACGGCGGCGGGGUUCUUUAAGGGCAUGUCUUUCCCGCUGGCCAGUAUCACGGUCUACAACUCGGUCGUCUUUGGCUUCUUCAGUAACAUUCAAAGAGUCAUAAGGAAGUAUCGCUAUGGCGACGGGCGGCAUCCCUGUAGCAUGUUGGACCUGACGGUGGCCAGCAUGCUGACUGGACUGAUGUCAGUGGGCCUGGGAGCACCGGUGGAUCUGGUCAAGAUUCGACUACAAAUGCAAACACAGAUGGUUCUAGCAGAGAACCUGCACCUUGCUGGUAACAUGUCGAGCGGCUCCAGCAUCCCCCUGCACUCUGUUGACAUCCCCAGCCAGAGACUGUACCGAGGCCCCGUCGACUGCAUCAGCACCAUCCUCGAGACCGAGGGCCUCCGGGGCCUGUACAGAGGGGCCGGGGCCAUGGUCCUGAGGGACAUUCCUGGAUACGCACUCUACUUCAUCCCCUACACCAUCUUCUGUGACCUGCUGACCCCUGACGCCUCAUCAAGCCCUCAUCCAUGCUCCAUCUGGCUCGCUGGAGGUUUGGCAGGAUCUAUUUCCUGGGUCACCGCCACGCCGGCCGAUGUGGUGAAGAGUCGGAUGCAGGCCGAUGCUCAGCUGCAGAGGAAGUACAAGGGGAUUUUACACUGCAUCAUCCACAGUUACAAGACGGAGGGGGCACAGGUUAUCAUGAUUGUGCAAAAUGGUGGACUCUGCAAACAUCCGACCAAGGAUGAAGAUGAGGGAGGCCCCUUCACUGAAACUCCUGGAAAACAUAAAAGGCAGACCAAAGCUCAGAGGGUCCAGAGGUCGAGACCAGACUCCCCUGACCCUAGCUCUGUUUCUAUGAAGAGUAAUCAGUCAAAGGACCCACCCCUCGCAUUUCAAGGACAACUCUCAUCUGCUAAAGAAAUGGUCCAGAGGUUCAGACCAGACUCCCCUGACCCUAGCUCUGUUUCUAUGAAGAGUAAUCAGUCAAAGGACCCACCCCUCACAUUUCAAGGACAACCUUCAUCUAUUAACCAAAUAGUCCAGAGGCCAAGACCAGACCCCCCUGACCCUAGCUCUGUGUCUAUCAAGAGUGACUGGUCAAAGAGGACACCCCUUGCAUUUAAUGGACAACUCUCAUCUACUGAUGAAAUAGUUAAACCAGUGAUCUUGGAAGUUCCCAGUAAUCUGUCUGCAAAGGAGUCUCAAGCAUAUCUGGACUACAUAAAUACGUUGCUGGAGGACAAUGUUACUAUUACAAAGAACGAGUUAAAUAACAUCCUGAAGUUUCUGAACUCACACUAUGCAGAAUGCAUAGAAAGUGAAAGGGAAGAUCAGAAAGAGUUGGAUGGAGUGGAUGAGGAACAGUGCAGAGGCAACAGAGAAGCAUUUCUGAAGCUCAAACUCCUCCUGAAGGGACUGAAGCAACAUGAGCUGCCUCACCAUCUGCAGGAAAAAAGCUGCACUGCAACUUGUCAACGUAAGCUCAAAUGUCAGCUGAAAGAGAGGGUACGGUGUGUGUUAGAGGGCGGUUCUAAAGAAGGAAACACAACCCCUCUGAAUCAGAUCUACACAAAGCUCUACAUCACUAAUGGAGGGUCUGGAGAAAUCAACAAUCAACAUGAUUUCAGACAGACUGAAGAGACAGCCAGGAAACUAGAAACACAAGAAAGAAUAGUCACGCAGGAGGAAUUAUUUAGAGUCUCACCAAGUAGAAAUGAAGCAGUCAGAACAGUGAUGACGAAGGGAGUGGCUGGCAUUGGGAAGACAAUCCUAACUCAGAAGUUCACUCUGGACUGGGCUGAAGACAAAACCAACCAGGACAUCCAGUUCACAUUUCCAUUCACUUUCAGAGAGCUCAACGUGCUGAAGGACAAGAAGUUCAGCUUGGUGGGACUUCUUCAUCACUUCUUUACUGAAAUCAAAGAAGCAGAAAUCUGCAGAUUUGAAGAGCUGCAGGUUGUCUUCAUCUUUGAUGGUCUGGAUGAGUGUCGGCUUCCUCUGGACUUCCAAAACAAUGAGAUCCUAACUGAUGCUACAGAGUCCACAUCGUUGGAUGUGCUACUGACAAACCUGAUCAGGGGGAACCUGCUUUCCUCUGCUCGAAUCUGGAUAACCACACGACCUGCAGCAGCCAUUCAGAUCCCUCCUGAAUAUGUUGACAUUGUGACAGAAGUCAGAGGUUUUGCUAAUCCACAGAAAGAAGAGUACUUCAGAAAAAAAAUCAGAGUCGAGAAGCAGGCCAGCACGAUCAUCACCCACAUCAGGGCAUCGCGCAGCCUCCACAUCAUGUGCCACAUCCCAGUCUUCUGCUGGAUCACUGCUACAGUUCUGGAUGAUGUGUUGAAAAGUGAAAAUAUAGGAAAGCUGCCUAACACCCUGACUGAGAUGUACAUCCACUUCCUGGUGGUUCAGACCAAGAGGAAGAUUAUCAAGUUUGAUGGAGGAGCUGAAACAGAUCCACACUGGAGUCCUGAGAACAGGAGGAUGAUUGAGACUCUGGGAAAACUGGCUUUUGAGCAGCUGCAGAAAGGAAACCUGAUCUUCUACGAAUCAGACCUGACAGAGUGUGGCAUUGAAACUGAGGCAGCAUCAAAGUACUCAGGUGUGUUCACUUGGAUCUUUAAAGAGGAGCAAGGACUGUACCAGGACAAGGUGUUUUGCUUUGUGCAUCUGAGUGUUCAAGAGUUUCUGGCUGCUCUUCAUGUCCGUCUGACGUACGACUCUGGAAACAAUCUGCUGGUAAAAAUUCAAACAACCUCCCAGGAACCUGAAACCAAAGCAUGUACAGAUACACACUUCUAUAAAAGUGGUAUAAGGGAGGCGUUACAGAGUCCAAAUGGCCACCUGGAUUUGUUCCUCCGCUUUCUCCUGGGUCUCUCAAUGAAGAAAAAUCAGAGCCUCCUACGAGGCCUGCUGACACAGACAGAAACUAGCCCACAGACCAAUGAGGAAAUAAUCCAAUACAUCAAGAAAAAAAUCAAUGAGAGUGUAUCUGUGGAGAAAAGCCUCAACCUGUUCCACUGUCUGAAUGAACUGAACGAUCCUUCUCUGGUGGAGGAGAUCCAAAAGUCUCUAACAUCAGGAUACCUCUGCAAGGAUAAGCUGACUCCUGCUCAGUGGUCAGCUCUGGUCUUCAUCUUGCUCUCCUCAGAGGAAGAUCUGGAUGUGUUUGACCUGAAGAAAUACUCUGCCUCAGAAAUGGCUCUUCUGAGGCUGCUGCCAGUGGUCAAAGCCUCCCGCAAAGCUCUCAUCAGUGUCUAUGACCUCUCAGAGACAAGCUUCGAAGCUCUGUCAUCAGGCCUCAACUCCCAGUCCUCCUGUCUGAGGGAACUGGACCUGAGCAACAACAAUCUGCAGGAUGCCGGAGUGAACCUUUUGUCUAAGGGACUACAGAGUCCAGACUCUAAACUAGAAACUCUGAGAAUGAGUUUCUGCAGCCUCUCGGGGGAAAGUUGUGCAGCUCUGUCAUCAGUUCUCAGCUCUCAGUCUUCUUGUCUGAGAGAUCUGGACCUGAGUAACAACAACCUCCAGGAUUCAGGCGUGAAGCAGCUGUCAGCUGGUCUGGAAAAAUCACUCUGCAGACUGGAAACACUUAGCUUGUCCGGCUGUCUUGUCACAGAGGAAGGCUGUGCAGCGCUACACUCUGCUCUGAGCUCCAACUCAUCCCAUCUGAAAAAGCUGGACGUGAGCUACAACGAUCCCGGAGACUCUGGAGCGAAGCUUCUGUCUGAGAAACUGGAGGAUCCGCACUGUAAACUGGAGACACUCAGGUUAGAACCUGGUGGAGUCCACUGGCUGAAGCCAGGUCUGGAGAAGUAUUCCUGUAGACUCACACUUGACACAAACACAAUAAACAGAUUCCUCAAACUGUCUGACAACAACAGGAAGGUUUCAUAUGUGGAAGAGGCUCAGGUACAUGCAGACAAUCCAGAGAGGUUUGACAAGUGUCAUCAGCUGCUGAGUAGAAAUGCCCUCACUGAUCGCUGUUACUGGGAAGUCGAGUGGAGAGGAGAUGUCACUAUAGCAGUGAGUUACAGAAGAAUCCGAAGGAGAGGAGACAUCGAUAAUUGUGUGUUUGGAAGGAACACUCACUCCUGGAGUCUGGGCUGCACUGAUGACGGUUACUCUGCCUUUCACAACAACAACAAAACCUCCAUCUUUGUCCCCUCUUCGUCCUCCGGCUACACCCGUAACCGAGUGGCAGUGUAUGUGGACUACGCUGCUGGAACUCUGUCCUUCUACACAGUCUCCUCUGGUACAGGGAUCCACCUCCACACCUUCCAUACCACGUUCACAGAAGCUGUUUAUCCCGGGUUUGGUGUCUGGUAUCACAGUGCUGGCUCUUAUGUGCGACUGUGUCCUGUGUCCAGAGAAAGUGGUGUUAUUGUGCACAGCUAAUGUCAUGUUGUGUCAACUCAUCUCUUGCUAGUUGUAAAUUCAGCAUGUAAACCUGACAUGGAUAACUUUUGUAUAAUGAACUACAUGAUAAAUGGUUCUAAAUGUUCCUCCUCUUUUCUUUGAACGUCUGUCAUGUUUGGAGGAUUGGCCUUGGGCUGUAAAGAUAUGUGAUUUUUGCUCCAUAUUUAUCGUGGUCAAUAGCAAUAAUUGUUGCUAUAGUAAAAGAAAAUAAUGUAUAUUUUUGAAGACUAACUUACUUUUAGUCUUUUUAGCAGUUUGUCUCAUAUUUUCUAUCAAUAUAAAUCUAAAUAUUGAUAAAUAAAAAUAUUAUCUACAAAAAUGAAAUUUUUAUCUGAUAAGAUUACUAUUUUGAUGUGUAUGUUAUUAACGCAAUAUUAGUGUUUCAUUCUUUGUUUUAUCAUAAGUUCAUUAGUUUCAGCUGCAAUCAUAUUCUUUAUCAUACAUUUUCCCUUUAUUUUGUUUAUUAUUAUUUAUAUUUGAGUAUUUUCCAUGUAAAAAUGUAAACGUUUCUCAUGUUUCUGCAGAAGCAUCACACUCAGCAGUUCUAAUUAACAAAGAUGUUUAUAAUGAAGUUUGUGUCCUACUUAUUUGUGACAGAAAACUUAAUAAAGAUUCUGAUUUAAACACU